AUGGGACGUAUAUCGAUCGGAAAUAUUAUGUCACUCAUCACAUCUUUUCUUCAAGGUAAUAGAAUAACUUACUGCACGAGAUGUUGGUGCAUUGGACACUUGAGAGAUAAAUGUCAAGCAUCAUCUGCUCGAUGCCGUGUAUGUCUUCAAGAAAUUGCUGAAAAUCAAACGCACAUUAGUUCUUAUCAGCCACGAUGUGCUCAAUGUGAUGGAAACCAUCACUCGCUUAGUAGUCAAUGCCAAACUAUUAGAACAUAUAAGGCUCAUCUGAAAGAAGAAGUCGAUAAGGCAUUCUCAAGUGGUAUACUACGUCGAUUAGAACCACCAAAACAAACUCCAGAAUUUAAUUCUGAAGAUUUUCCAGCUAUAACUGGUCAAGCGCAACGUAUCAUACCUGUUUGGGGUAAUAAGCAUAUACCUCAGCAGCAGUCAACUUUUGAAUCAGCUAAUAUUGCCAAUGCUCUUACGGCACUUACUAAACAACUAACUAUUAUGACAGAUAAUAACCUAAGAAUGGAAAAGAAGCUCGACGAAACGAAUGUACGACUGAAUCAUGCAGCACAAAUGUCGGAAUCAUUACAAAAGUCUGUAAAAAAUAUACUACAAUCUCUAAAGGAUGUGAUGGCAAAGAUCGUUUAUCCAUUAUGCGAAUUGAAAAGAGUAGAUCCCGUCGGUAAAUAUCUUCCGUUUUCAACCAUUCUUGAUGAAUUAACAGCUGAUACCAAUAUGGAUAGGAAUGCAUUACAUGAAACAGCAACCGCCAAGUCAACUAAUGAUACAGUAACAUCAUAUGCUGUUGAUAAAUUAAACAACCAUGAAACAUAA